AUGACUGGAGGUGGUCCAUUCGUAGAAAAACCACUAUCCGAAAUUGAAUUGGCGGUUUCAGAAUUAAUUGGAACUGAAAAAACGUCUGGCCUACCAAAUAUUUAUGAUAGUGACAGAGACAUGGACUUAAAUCCAGAAAAUAUGAUAGAAGAAUUAGAGGAUGUACCAUACUUGGAGGAAGUUUUUGUAGAGGAAGUAAUUCCAGAGUUACAUCAACCGUUUACAUCAACAACUGUAGACAGGAGCUGGGAAUCAUAUACCACAAAAAACUUACAGCAAAUUGUAGCCGAGAAGUUGACAACUCCAAGAGGGUGACGCGGAUUUUAUAAUAAUAAUAAUUUUAACGGAAGACAAGAAUAUGGUGAAGAAGACGGCUAUAAAAAUCAAUCAUUUAAUAACUUUAGAGGCCGUGGACGAGGAAGAAGCCGUGGUCGAGGAGGAGGAAAAGGAAAAGAAGAAAGACCACCACACCACCAGCCGCAAAAACAGGAAAUGCCUCCUGUAUCAGUAGAACCUCCGGCACAUUUGUCGAAAAAAUCUUCGGAGCUCAAGAACGAUCCCCUCUACGCUGAGAGUUUCUUUGAAGCAUUUGGGUCUGUACUAAAUAGAAAUCCAGAUGAUCCAAUAAUACAUAGUACGACCGAGGGUUUACAAUAUAUAGAUUCUGUUUUAUAUAAGGAAUACAUAACCAAGGCUGCGGGGUUUAAUAAACGCGUUCCGCCCUCCGCACUGAGCUAUUAUCUUGCCACAUUAACAUAUGCGAGAUUAGUACAAAUACACCUUGAAAACGGAUUUGAAACAGACUGGCAAACGGAACGAUUUUCUAGAGACGUUCAAAAUGCAAGAUCUUAUCCAUGUACCGCAGUAUACGCGAAAAGAAUUUUAGCUGAAUUCAAUGUACCUCGCGAACAAGAAUUACUUGAUGAUGAUAAAGAAGAGGAGGUUGAUGAAAAUGAUGAUUCUAGAGUUUGGAAUUUACCACAAGCUAUUCGCCCGGCAGGUAACCUUAUACGCAAUCGGAAUUUACAGGGUUGGCUACCAUCGCAAGGGUUGAGCCGAAUACAACAAGCCUUUUUGGCUGAAGCGGGUGUAGUAGCAGGUUUAUUCGAAUGUGAAAACCAAAGUUGGAACUUUAACAGAAAAUUAAUGGAGGCAGUUUCCAUAGAAUUAUCCAACUUACAGCAUAUUGAAGCUGGUGACUGUCCAACUGUAGUCGCUGGCUCACAGGGGCAAAUACCUUUUAAUAAGCCACAGCCACCGGAGCAUGGCAUGACAUUAGAAAUAGACUGCGAUAGAACAGGAUCUAGCCUUCUCGAAGUUGCGGGACCAAUCGCCAAUCUAGGCGUGAAGCAUUUAUAUAGGACCCAACAUAUAAUUGAAAAUAACACUAACUGGGCAAUUUUCUGGAAUGGACGCGGAUUUUAUAGUAAUAAUAAUUUUAACGGAAGACAAGAAUAUGGUGAAGAAGACGGCUAUGGAAAUCAAUCAUUUAAUAACUUUAGAGGCCGUGGACGAGGAAGAAGCCGUAGUCGAGGAGGUGGAAAAGGAAAAGAAGAAAGACCACCACACCACCAGCCGCAAAAACAGGAAAUGCCUCCUGUAUCAGUAGAACCGCCGGCACAUUUGUCGAAAAAAUCUUCGGAGCUCAAGAACGAUCCCCUUUACGCUGAGAGUUUCUUUGAAGCGUUUGGCUCUGUACUAAAUAGAAAUCCAGAUGAUCCAAUAAUACAUAGUACGACCGAGGGUUUACAAUAUGCAGUGCUCCGCACUGAGCUAUUAUCUUGCCACAUUAACAUAUGCGAGAUUAGUACAAAUACACCUUGA